AUGUCCGGCUCCUCGUCGCGUAACGCGGCCAAGAGGCUGCUGAAAGAGCUCGAUACCUGGCGGUCCGAGGCGCCAGACGAGGAGGGCAUCGAGCGGCUGGGCCCGAUCGACGAGGGCGACCUGCUGACGUGGGAGGCCGUGAUCAACGGCCGGGGAAUUGGUGGAGGGUACGAUGAAGGUCGCUGGCUCCUCUCCAUCCUCCUCCCACCCAACUAUCCCCUCGCCCCACCCCAGAUCCGCUUCAUCACUCCCAUAGUGCACCCCAACAUCAACCUCGACACGGGCGAGAUCUGCCUCGACCUUCUCGCUGACGCCUGGACACCGGCCUACAGCGUGCUCGAGACCGUGCGCGCCGUGCGGGGCGGCCUGCUCCCUCACCCGGAGGUCGACUCGCCGCUCAACGUGGACGCCGCCGCGCUGCUGCGGGGCGGCGAUGUUCUCGGCGCGCGCAGGCUUGUUGAGCUUUGGUGUAGCGAGGGAGGCCGGUAUGAGGGGCUAUGA